AUGCGUUCCGCUCUUUUAUUGCUCGGGCCUGCGACCGCCUUAGCCCUCUUCGUUCCACCACAAACUUCACCGACCUCACACGGCUUCGGACCAGCUGACCCAGCGACUCUCCCCAGCGGCUGGUCUUUCACCGGCUGCUACAUCGACACCGUGAACCCGCGCUCGCUCGCAGAUGCCUCCUUUUACGACUCCAGUUCCAUGUCCGCCGCGAAAUGCAUAUCUUUCUGCUCCGCCAAAGGCUACCCGAUCGCCGGCACGGAGUAUGGCGCCGAGUGCUAUUGCGGCUCGGUCCUGCCUAACAUUGCGCCUUCUGCGGAUGACUGCAUAAUGCCCUGCGCCGGAAGCACAACUGAAGCCUGUGGCGCGGGGUCUCGGCUGAGCAUCUACUCUGACCCAACCGCGGCAAAGACGACGACGAAUCCUGGCGUGGAUGGCUGGAAUAGCCUGGGGUGCGUGAGCGAUUCUCAACAGGAUCGGACGCUCAACACGUUCAUGCAGGUGGACGGUGGCAUGACCGUGGCGAAAUGUGUUGCGGCAUGUAGUGCUGCUAGUUUUGAUUUUGCCGGUGUUGAGUACGCCCAGGAAUGCUGGUGCGGCAACAACCCAAUGAUCAGGCCCACCAACGACCCAUCCCAAUGCUUCAUGCCGUGCGUCGGCGACCACAGCGAGUUCUGCGGCGGUCCGGAUGCGUUGAACAUGUAUGGCUCGCCGUCAGCACCCCCUGACCCAGCAUGCCAGCCGCUCCGUGCCGAUGGCUAUGGUCUGCUCAUCAAUGGUGGAUUUGAGGAUGGCUUCACGGGCUGGACUCCAAAUAUCAUGGAGGGAACAUUUGCUGCUGGAAUCGACACUGAGCAUGAGCUGGAAGGCUGCAAUGCUGCACACGUCGUCCCCACAUCCGAUCCCACAACCAGCAACCGUCAGCUCAGCAUCUGCCAGACCAUCAGCACACCCCUCGUCCAAGGCGCCAGCUACCUCUUCACAGGCUACCAAGGCCGCCUCCCCGCCACAAUCGACAACGACUCCCCGACCAUCGCCGUGACCGCCGGCUCGCAGUAUCUUGGUGCGGUCACCGCAUGCGAGGGUUAUGAUGGAUGUGGAAUCGACGGCCAGGGCGGUGCGAGGUACACCAAGCACACCAUUCCGUUCACAUACGGUCAAAGCCAGACUCAGGGGGUUGCGCUGUGUUUUGUUAUCACGUUUACAAGUGCGGACGCGGAGAAGGGGAAUGCGGAUUUGGUGUUUGAUGGGUUUAAUUUGGUGAAGACUUCAUAG